CUUUACGAAGCGCACUCACGUCACGACGUCAAUGUAAAACGUAUGGAUGACGCGACGUCACCAUAAUCGCUAGUUACAACGUCAAAGUAGCAUUCGCGCUUAAACAGUAAACAUCAUCGAUUGUAAACUGGUAUAAAAUGGAAGCAAACACAUUACAGAGCGUUCUCCGCUGCAAGUAUAACAUCCAUGAGACACUUCAGGCCGAAGGCAUUUUCGUGGCCCUCCUUAGCGGAACCAUGGACGCUGUUGGUCUGUUUAGUAUCGGGAUUGGAGAGAGGUGCGUCGUAGUCGCGGGAAUCAACCUCUGCGGGCCGCAUAUAGAUUACGAUCUGAAGUCUCUCACUCCGGCGGGACUUCUCGGUGUCACAUACAAGAACUGCAGCAAGAUUAUUACCUUCUCCAGUCAAUUCAAACCCAAGCAGUCCUUUCAGAUAUGCAGCAGUGCCAAAGCUGCCGCGAUCUGGGACGAAAUUACCACCGCCAUUGAUUGCCUGCGGUCGAAACCUAGCGGCGAAAUUUGGAGUAGCGCGUCACUGACCACUUCUUCAUCAUCAGGCGCCUCUAUAAGCGGGAACCAUCUUAAUUACAGAUGUUUGCCUAGGAAAAUGUUCCACGCGGCGGAUGUAAGCUACAGUUUGACGUCUCUUUCCGAUUCGGAAUCAGGACCAAGGGAUGCAAAGCACGCUGUAUGGCGCCAACAUGUGAAGAAAGGCCACAGUCUGGACUGUGCCAACUUGUCUUUUGACAACUUCGUCAAUUACAACGAUUCAAACCUCAAUGCAAUAGCCCAGCAGGUAGUUUGGACUGCUCACGUGACAGUUUUCGGUGAACUCGGCGGGAAAAGUACAGAUGAUCGAAAGACUGAUGUAUCAAGCAAGCCGUCCAGUCUGGCUGAAAGGUUCCGGCGAUUCUUUAGCUGUUGUAGAAACAAGCGUUGACAUGCGUUUGAAUACUUUUUUUCUCAUGAACAAUAGCAAUUUUUGUUUUGUGCUCCCAAUUUAUUGCAUGAAAAAAAAUCCGAUUGUUUGUUUUA